AUGAAGUUCAUUAUACCACCCUUUCAAGGUAAGAGUGAUCCCGAGGCGUACAUUCAAUGGGAAAGAAAGGUUGAACAAGUAUUCGGUUAUCAUUAUUAUUCCGAGAAGAGGAAGUUGAAGCUCGCCGUCGAAGCAUUCAUUGACUAUGCAAUUGCUUGGUGGGACCAAUUUGUCUUAACUAGGCGCCGUUGUGGCGAACCACCAAUUGAAGAUUGGGAGUCCAUGAAGGCAAUCAUGAGAAGGAGGUUCGUCCCUUCACAAUAUUAUAGGGACUUACAAUUGCAAAGGUUGAGGCAAGCUACUAAGUUAGAAGAACGUAGUUCGUCGCGGUGGGAAUCGCAAAGGAGUUAUCCAGCGAGCAUGGUGAGAGAAUCGUUGCAAAAGCCUAAAAGAGAGAAAUCAAAAACCGAGCAGCAAUUCAAGACUAAGAGAGGAGAGUGUUCGAGUAAGCAAUUCGUGAACUUGUGGUCCAGCAUUGAGGAUGAUUCUACGAAGGAGAAACAAAUUAUAUACGUGUCACCACCGCAGAGAAAUGAUACCAUUGAAAUUCCCAUGGAGGAAAACGUUGUAGACAUCGUGGAAAAUAUUGGUGCAAAAAUUGAAAGGAUGCAAGAUGAGAUUGUUGAGUUGCAGCCCGAGGAGGAUGAAAAGUGCAAAACCGCGCCACCACUUGAAGAAAAAGAAG